UCCAAGAGGGUCAUGACAUUUUGCACUUUUUAUAUCCUCUUCUUCCUCAUCAAGCCUUUGAUUCUUGAGUAUGCAAUCAAACCUUCUGCUUCCUCUCUGUUCCCUUCCAGCAAUCUCCACACCAAUCCCUCCAGGGUCUCUCCUUAAGGUCGGUUCAGUCAAACAAAAGAGACAUUAAUAUAAAGAAUAUGCAAACAUCUCAGAAACAUCACAGUGCAGCUGGACUUCACAUGCUGUAUCCUCAACCACACUGUUCACCUCAGUUUCAAAUGAUAGACAACAAUGGCUCCUCCAAAGAAAGCUUCUUCACCCUCGAAUCAUCAACUGCUUCUGGUACUACUCUUCCUUCCUAUGACUCCCCUUCUUCUGUGAGCAUCAAAUCUGGCCGGAGCCCGUUUUCUCCUCAGGGCUCUCACUCAUGCAUCUCUGAUCCACAUCCUUCCCCUGAAAACGUGUAUGAAUCUUCCUUGACCGCGGCGUCUUCCUACAUCUACGACGAAGCCGGGGUCAAGAGCAAGAUCCGUGAACUCGAGGACACGCUGCUGAGUUCUGACCCCAAAGUUGAAGAAUACUCAGGCUUCAGCCCUGCCGCUGGGAAGUCAUGGAACUGGGACGAGCUCUUGGCGUUGACUCCACAGCUAGACUUGAAAGAGGUGCUACUAGAGGGAGCUCGUGCGGUCGCUGACGGGGACUUCGCUACAGCGUGUGGGUUCAUCGACGUCUUGGAACAGAUGGUGUCGGUCUCAGGAAGUCCUAUCCAACGUCUAGGCGCUUACAUGGCGGAAGGGCUUAGAGCGAGGCUUGAAGGGUCUGGAGGGAAUAUAUACAGAGCCUUGAAGUGCAACGAACCAACGGGGAGAGAACUCAUGUCUUACAUGGGAGUUCUCUAUGAGAUCUGUCCUUACUGGAAGUUCGCGUACACAGCCGCAAACGCUGCCAUCUUGGAAGCAACGGCUGGUGAUAACAGAAUCCACGUCAUCGAUUUCCAGAUCGCGCAGGGAUCACAGUACAUGUUCCUCAUCCACGAGCUUGCUAAACGCCCCGGUGGGCCACCGUUGCUGCGUGUAACGGGCGUGGAUGAUUCACAGUCUUACUACGCCCGUGGGGGAGGACUCACCUUGGUAGGUGAGAAGCUCGCCAACAUGGCGAAGUCGUGCGGCGUGCCGUUUGAGUUUCACGACGCGAUCAUGUCCGGGUGCGAGGUCCACAGGGAACACUUAGGGGUGGAGCCUGGGUUUGCAGUCGUUGUGAACUUCCCUUACGUGUUGCACCACAUGCCCGACGAGAGCGUGAGCGUGGAGAAUCAUAGAGACAGGCUGCUCCAUCUGAUCAAGAGCCUCGGACCGAGGCUCGUGACGCUGGUGGAGCAAGAAUCCAACACCAACACGUCGCCUUUCCUGUCGCGGUUCGCGGAGACGCUUGAUUACUACACGGCGAUGUUUGAGUCGAUCGAUGCGGCGAGGCCGAGGGAUGAUAAGCAGAGGAUCAGCGCGGAGCAGCACUGUGUGGCGAGGGAUAUAGUGAACAUGAUAGCGUGCGAGGAGAGGGAGAGAGUUGAGAGACACGAGGUGCUUGGGAAGUGGAGGGUGAGAAUGAUGAUGGCAGGGUUCGUGGGAUGGCCGGUUGGCGGAUCCGCGGCGUUUGCGGCGAGUGAGAUGCUGAAAGGUUACGAUAAAAACUAUAAACUAGGAGGGAGUGAUGGAGCGUUGUAUCUCUUUUGGAAGAGGAGACCCAUGGCUACAUGUUCCGCUUGGAAACCAAACCUGAAUCAGAUUGUGUAGGACAUGGUGGUGAACUGAGAGUGGAUGAAGAAGAAGACUACACAUCUGGCAGCCUGUAAAUUUUUGAGGAUGUGUAAUGAUGUUUUAAGUUGUAACACAAAUUACAAGUCAACUAGUUAUAUAUAUUUGUAUACACAGCAAACCUGGUGGUGGUUGUUUUUUCUCCUGUAAAUUUGCUGCUGUUGUGGGAGUGGGUGUUACUAGUGAACUAUAACCAAAGCAUUACUUAAUCUUC